AUGGAGGCUGGGGAAAAGACGUGCGACCGCAACGCAGCGAUCCUUUCAGCUUUUGAGAAGCGGGAGAUGUUAGACACAUUGGCGGGGAUGAUCGCCUCCACCAUUGAAGGUGCCAGCGUCGAGGACGUUCAUGCGGCUCUGGCGUCCUCUGAGGCGGUGUCGGGGGAAUGGCGAGAGUUGGUGGAACACAAUAUGGAAGCGCGUCAGAAGCAGAAUUUCUUUGACGCGGCCUCGAGCAUGGACCGAGCUUCCGCGGCACAACAGUCGUUAGUGCCACUAGCACAGAUAGAGACGACAACGUGGGAAUGCCCAGACUGCGGUGCGCAACAGGAAGUCGUGGACGUGCACAAAUCUCUGAGACACAGCAGUACUUCCACUGCAGUUAAGACGUUAUCUGACACCACACUAACCGGCUGUCCUGUGUGCGGGAGCGGGGGCCGGAGGGAGGAGGAGUCUGAGGUGGACGUUGACCCUCAAUAA